UUUGAUCGCUAGAGGGCGUAGUUGUUUCCUAAUCAUGUUUACGUCGCUGCAAAGAAACCCGAAGUUCCGAAUCGCCUAAAUUUGACCAAUUUGAACCGAAUACAGGAACCUUCCAUCGCAUAGUUUUCUAUAGCAGAGCAGGAUGACGAAUCAUGCCAAGAAAGGUAGCAGAACUAGAGAGGGGUCUCCACGAUCUUCGGAUUUAACUGACACGGAUCACCCAUCACGACCGAAGCGAGCUCGACAGCAGUCGGGUACGGGUUCCGCGUCAAGCAGCGUAUCCGGGUCAGCUGCACUGCCGCCGCCCCGUGGCGCAAUGUCCUCGUCGACGGCAACUGGAGAUUACGGUCUGUCUCAAGAGCAGACUGACAGUGACAUGACUGAAGUGCGUGAUUCUAGUGAAUGCUCACUUACAGCUUUAGCGAAGCCGCAGGAAACCCACCGAAGAACUGGCGAUAUUUCGGACUCAAAAGACAAAAUGAAAGACACUGCAACUAGAGGGGAAAUCAGAAUGUCUCCUCCCGAAUGCCCAGCCUUGCCUCAUGAUCCCCAAUUCGUUGCCAUAGUAACUGUUGACGAUGAACAUGAUGAUGAGGGGAGAAAGGAGGAGACCUCUUGUAGUUCUGUAGAUGAUGGACAUGUGGUCAGGAAAUGGGUGUCAAAACAGAAGUCUAAAAACACUACAUGUAAAAGCUGUAUUUUAAGAGAACUAGACUGGCUUUGGAAUGAGGAGGAGACAUCGGAUGCAUGCGUUCACGUCUUGGGCAACAGCGGGGCGCAAGUGUUCUUUCAUCAGGACUACAGCUGUGGCACUGCGGCGGCGCGGGGCACGCAGCCUAUGUCACAGGGCCAGCAUUUCUGGGAGAUCAAGAUGGACUCGCCCGUCUAUGGAACAGCAAUGAUGGUUGGCAUAGGCACCAGACAGAUCGACUUGACCCAGUACAGCCACACCUUCUGCAACAUGCUGGGCAGCGACCCAAACUCAGAGAGUUGCGGCCUGUCAUACACAGGCCGAUUCUACCAAGGAGGGGGCCAGGGAAAAGCCUACUGCAGUAAGUUUGGCCAGGGAACGGUCAUAGGCGUACACCUCGACAUGUGGUUUGGGACCCUGACAUAUUACAAGAACGGCAAAUGCCUAGGUGUUGCCACCAAGGGCCUUCUGGGCAAAGCCUGGCACCCCAUGAUCAGCUCCACGGCCGCCCGGUCCAGCAUGUGCCUCCAGACGGCCCGGUCCUUCCCCUCCUCCCUCCAAUUCUGGUGCUGCCGGACCCUGCGACGCGCCGUCCCCACCGAACACAACGUCAUCGAAGUCCUGGAUUUCCCCCCAGGCAUGAGGGCGUUCCUUGAAGACAACCUGCUGUGGCUGCUGGAUUCGCACUCCAGGGGCGAGGUGGACGUGGUGACCAAGAGCACGCAGACGGACCUCAGCAUGGCCACCCACCAGCUCAGUGACGUACCCUUGAAGAAGAGGCCUGCACCAGACACGGGGGAAGAUGAUAAAUCGAUGCCCCCCAGUUAGUGAAUUCUGAACAAGCCUUCACAACUUUUAUCACUAUUUGUAGUAAACCAUGGAGCAAUUUCAGGCAAGGACCAUCGGUUAACUAGUAGUUGAUUUGUGAUUUAUGAUGCGUACAGCUAUUGGUAACCAGUGAUGCAAACGUGCCCUAGUGCUCGAGUUCCAAAUAGUUGACUAGAAUAGUCCCAACCAUCCUUCGUUCGAGGGAGCUUAGUCAAACUAUGGUUAUUUCUAACACACCUCUCGCUUGUUCUUUAUCCUGGUUGGCUGAAACGCGGUCACGUGUGAUUCACUGAUAUAGGCUAGUGUAUGAAACUUGUGUCAGUGUGAACUAGCCGCGCGUCGAGACAUUGCGCGCACGUAAUUUCCAGAGUAUAGUGCCUGAUCGGGCACUAUACUCAAAAAAAUUUGACUGGUAACAGCGCCCUCCGACAAAAUACAAACUCCAAAAUGUAAUCUAGGGAAACUAAAAGUGUUCCUUUAAUUGCUGAAUUGCUUACGGUUGAAUUGCCUAUGAGCUAAUUGUUGGAUUAAAACAGUUCAAUAAUAAAAUCUUGCAAACUUUCUUUUCUUAUUUUAUAUUUUGGACAGAGGUGAGUUAUAAAACACUAUGGACUGGCAUAAUUCGGUCCCUAGUGCACGUCUAUGCCCCCCGGGCCUGUGAGUGACCAGAAGAGGGUCCUAUUCCCCUCGGCCACUCCCAGUCCCUCGAGGCGCAUAGACGUGCACUAGUGACCUUAUUGCCAGUCAAUAUGUGUAUACUAUAGUCGCACCCCAACUUGCCGAGUGCUGACUAACCUUAAUCAAACCCAAGUCAGUUGAUGAUGGUUAAACUACUCUACUGGUCUUGACCAGCCAACUAGGCUUGGUCACAUUUCUGGUCAUCAGUAGCUGUGUGUACCAUAAUGCAUAGCAAGUAUAAUGCAUUUUAUUCUUUCGUUGACUGGUGUUUUACUUAUUUUACUUUUCAACUGGCUUCCAACACAAUCAUCUGUGUCGGUGUAAUUUUGUGUUAACGUGAGCAGUGCCAGUUUUGCUCUUUCAUAGUCGCAGGCUCUGCAAAACAAUCCAAGUUCACAAGUACAUACAUCCUCAGUGUGGUGAAACAGAGACACAUAAUGGGCACUUGCAUGUCAUUGCCAUCGUGCACGCACACUUACGAGGCAUGAUGGAUAAGUUUGUGGCCGAAUAAACAAGUCUUGGCUAGUACUACAACUGUUCACUUAGUUUCAAAAAGUAAAAUUUCCCGGUGAAUUUGCUCUCCGAUUCUAGGCCCUUUCUAUCAAGCUUCAAGCAUCUCCCUACAUAGUAAUAAUGAGUAUAAUAAUGUGACGAACACUCCCUGAAUUAUUUUGUGUUUUCUGCAAAUGAAAGUAACAGUAUUUUUUGGCAAUAUUAUGUGUACAUAAGCAACCAUGUUUGCAACUUUUUAGUUAAUGUUUCAGUUAUAUAUAAUUCGUCAUUUUUUUGGCCAAUAUUUUUGUCCAGUUUAAAGCUAUAGUCCAUCAUUUGCAGCCAUCCGAAAA